CAACCACCGAAUUACCGGGAUUCUGCAUGAAAAAUACUGCUAAGCUGCAGCUCGUAGCUAAAUUAUGUAGAAGGCUGGAAUCUAUUAUGAACACUUAGUUAUUACCUACAGGGACUAGUUCCAGUGGACCUGAGCUGAGGUAUUGGACCAGGUAUUCCGUACUCCGUACCUAUCUCUUUGUCCGACUCCAUACUCCAAUCUCUAUCCCCCCCCCAAACUAACUCUGCAUGAAAUAUUCUGGACUUGCAUUUCAAUUCAAUGCCUUAUUAAUCACUUGUUUGCCUGAAUCCAUCUGAUAUCAAAGUCGUUGACCACAGGUAGAGAGACUCAGAGAGUGGCUCCGCUAGGUCCACCUGUCUUCAUUGCAGUUUCGCUCAAGUCGACCCUUCAAAGUCAACAAUCUGAGAUCGUCGCGAAGAGGUCGAAUCGAUUGAGUAAAAAGGACCGAACCAACUGAGCGAAGAGAAAAAAAAAAAUGGGCUGGUUCGACGGUAAAUCACGUACGUCAACGAGCACUGUGCGCCGACGCGCCUCUCCCUCCCGUCGCUCGACCUACUCCACGACAAGCAGCCGUGGCGAGAGAUACACCCGGCACACGACUUCUGCGCCCUCGACCUUCAGUCUCGGUGGAGGCGGCGGCGGAGGAAGCAGCAGUCGUCAGCGCCGCUCGAGCCCGUCGGUCUUCUCGUCUGUCUCGUCGGCAUCGCGCCGCGUGCGGCCGCGCGAGGGCUACAUCAAGCGCAUUGUGCAGUAUAUCAAGCGGCUCUUUCGCGAUAUCUACAUGUACGCAAAGAACCAUCCGGCCAAGGUGUUUUUCCUGGUCAUUGUGCCGUUGAUCACGAGCGGCGUCCUCGUCAAGCUGCUCGGGAUGGUGGGCAUCCGCUUGCCGCAGAGCUUCGUGAACAGACUUGGUGGCGGCGCUUUCAAGGCCAAUCCAGGACAGACGAGCCCGGGAAAUGGUGUCAAGCAGAGUGUGACUGGAUUGAUGAACAUUGCCAAGAUGUUCAUGUAGUUCCGUCGAUUUGAAGGGAUAUUCUUGCUGUUCGACGAUGACCCCUACUACGGACACGAAAAGAAAGUUAUGAUGGCAUCGCUAGCUACCACUUGAUGAUGAUAUGAUGCGAUGAUAUGUUUUGCUUGCAGGUUGAUAGAAAAAAAAGAUAUCUGCUCGAUGUUAUCUACUCGGAGGCUACUUUAUGAAUUGAUGAAUGCACAUUUAACCAUAUCAUGUCCCUCUAUAGUAGAGGAAUGCACAUCUAU